CUGGAAUGAAAUGGGCCGGGCUUAAGUCUGGGCUUGGUCGUUGAUUCUGAGAAGCCGAGGUUACCCAAAAGUAGAAAUACAGCGGCCGCACAAGAGCAACCGGUAUAUAGCCGGUAGCAGGUAAGGACGAUGGGACAUUGAAGACAUGUCAUAAUUGCAAUUGCCCGGCAACCAACAAUUUGUUUCACACUCAUUUGCGCUCCUUUUCAUUUCCCGCCGGAGCAACACUCUGUUUCCAUUUCCACCAGGGAAUCACUGGUGCUUCGUCUAUGCUUGGAUUGAAUCAGUCUGACGGCGGAGAACGGCGGCGUGUUAUGUUCAUCGCGUCAAAACUGAACCACAACAGUUGAUCCAUAAUUUUAGAGGAGAAAGUAGAGAUUCUAGUCUCCAUCAUCUUGUUCUUUUAGAAACUUGUUCGAAAUUGGUGUACUGGAGAAGUGCUGCGAGAGGUGAAAAUGCUGACAUGCAUAGCUCGUUCUAAGAAACUCGGAGAUGGCUCAUUGAGUCAAAUUGAAGAACCGGACUCGUUCAAUGGACCUGGAAACAAGCAACAAUCUGUCAAAUCUCUGACAGGUCAGCUCAGAGACAUGGCGUUAAAAGCCUCAGGAUCGUACCGGACUUGCAACCCUUGCGCAGGGCCGAUACCGCCGAGUCGACUCAAGAACUGCAACUCACAGCCGGACGCCGACUCGGACCGGAUCAAGUGGGCUUACAAGAGGAGCGGGAGCUUGAGCUCGACGAAAACGAGGACAUGGGGGAAGGAAAUGGAGGCGAGGCUGAAGGGGAUUUCAAGCGGAGAAGGAACCCCGAAUUCAGUGAGUGGGCGGCGAGUUGACCCAGUUGUUUACGUUGAGGAAAAGGAACCAAAGGAGUGGGUGGCCCAGGUGGAACCCGGUGUGUUAAUCACAUUCGUUUCGCUUCCUCGCGGAGGGAAUGAUCUGAAACGGAUACGUUUCAGUCGGGACGUGUUCAAUAAAUGGCAAGCUCAGAGAUGGUGGGCCGAGAACUAUGAUAAAGUUAUGGAACUAUACAAUGUCCAGAGGUUCGACCGCCAAGCUUUUCCUCUUCCUACCCCACCGAGAUCUGAGGAUGAGAGCUCAAAAAUUGAAUCUAUAGAGAACAGCCCUGUGACACCUCCACUAACCACAGAACGCUUGCCUCGCAAUCUCUACCGUCCUACCGGAGCUGGGGCGAGCUAUUCAUCCUCAGAUUCACUUGAAUACCAGCCAAUGCAGUAUCGCCAGUACCAAGAUUCAGGUCUGACCUCUACUCCAAAACUCUCUAGCAUCAGCGGUGCCAAGACGGAAACAUCUUCCAUUGAUGCAUCCAUGAGAAGCAGUUCAUCUAGGGAUGCAGAUCGUUCAGGAGAGCUAUCCAUCAGCAAUGCUAGUGAUCUUGAGUCUGAAUGGGUUGAACAGGAUGAACCAGGGGUUUAUAUUACAAUCAGAGCAUUGCCUGGCGGCAAAAGGGAACUCAGAAGAGUCAGAUUCAGCCGGGAAAAGUUCGGGGAGAUGCAUGCAAAAGUGUGGUGGGAAGAGAAUCGAGCCAGGAUACACGAGCAAUACUUGUGAGGGAAGCAGUGAAGAAAGUUGGCAAGGGGUGUUUUUCUAAAGUUUUUCUAAAUCUACGACCAUUGCCAUGCUAGUGAAAAGUCUCGCAUAUAGAGAUUAUGAUGUUUGGGGGUAUACUUAUACAUGUGAAACCGAGUCACGAUAUGCCGAUGUUAGAUUUUAAUUUUUUAAUAACUUUUUCUUUUUUUCCCUUGCCUAUGUACUGUAGUAUGGUGGAUGUAAAACUAUAAUUCCUAAUGUGUUAAUAUCAAUGGAAGAGAUUCAGAUGUUCGGAGAUUUCCUCCCUCUC